CCUUUUAUCUGCAUGUGAUGUGGGGGAUAAAACAUACUAAUUCCGCAAUCAUGCAUUUAUUUGUGCGGUGGUAAAAAUGAAGCAUUUUUCUAUUAGCUGUUGAAGCAGUCUCAUCAUGGUGUGAUAUCAACUUGAUUUAUUCCAGUUGCAAUGCGGUUUUGACUUGUAUUUGCUUUUAUAGCAAACCUUACCGAGGAAAUGAUGGGUAAUUCCAAAGGUAAGGCCAGUGAGAGUAACGCCGGUCAGGCCGCCUCGGCAGAACUUCCCGUGUCUAACACUGCCGCUAAGAAGGUGGACCCGAGGCUACCCUUUGGUACCUACCGACAACAGUUCAACACGGUCAACGCGUGGAAACCAUUGAUGAGGACGCUCGAAAAAAGUGCCAAAGAAAAUCUCAUCAGAUUCAUCAAGAAAUACCCUCACUACAAAGACUGCUUCCCGAACGCCAAGAAUAUUGAGAAAGAAGAGACAAUGAGAGCCAGUCUUGAGUUUGGGAUCGAUGCCAUGGGAACAUUUCAGGUGUUCGAUGACGUAAUAAGUAACCUAGAGGAGGUCGAUGUAGCCAUCAAGAAGAUCAAAAGAACCGCCAAGAUAGGCCUCAUGUCUUUGGACAUGAUAAAGGACAUGAAGGUGACGUUCCUAGAGUUAGUUGGUGACACGCUGGGAGACAGGUGGACGGACGCCACAAAGGAAAACUUUACUCUCCUGUACGAUUUCAUUCUGGAAGAGUACGCGAAGGCCCUGUAGACAAUCUACGUCACUGGAUCACAGGCAUUUUGUUGUGAAAUAACAUCGAUACACUCUUGGUAUGAAAUGUAAUCUUUGAAGAAUAUUUUGUCAACGGCAGCGAGAGCUUUUAUCAUGAAUUCGUGUGAUACACAUCUAGAUGACAGCUACCGCUGAUCUGGUGGAUCUGAGUAUAGUCGGGCAAACAUCGCAGGGAGUGAAAAAUGAUAAGGAAAAUGGACCUAUGUGUCCAGACAAAAUAUUUAGUUUUGUUGUAAAGUGUAACGGACAAGAGAAUGAAGCUGGUAGGACAGUGAAAUACGUAUUGAGCUAUACACGGAAUGACUGAGACUGUCACUCAGUAUGGAAAACAUAUCCCGCGUUAACUUCAACAUAUUAAUGUCAUGGUGCUUUAUUGGAUCGGCAAACAAUGAAUUAAAUGUCUGACAACC